AUGACUACAACGACUUCAUCUAUCGGUGGUAUUACCGAUGGAGGACUCUUUCCAACUUUUGUUCCUAGUGAUGUUGCGGGUCAGACUGUUUUGGGCUGUCCUAUCUCAUCCUUCAUGUCUCUCGACUCCAAAUGUCCUAUCACGGGCACCGAUCUCCCAACUUGCGCAACGCAGACUGGUCCUUUUGACGGCGGUUGCUGUUCUUCUCUCAGCGCAUUUGCUAUCAGCGUCGGGGAUUGUUAUAGCAGUAAUGCACCAGAUUGUUUGAAUUUGAGUGAGCUUUCUCAAAGCUUAACUGCCUUCAGCGCAACGGCAACCGACGAUCAAAUCACCAACCCCUGCGCUCAAUUCGCUUCCGAAACUGGUAUCAGUCAAGCCAUCGAAACUGGACAGACUACCGAGACUGGACAAGCUUCCGAGACUGGGCAGACUACCGAGACUGGAACUGGGACGAACAGUGCAAACGCUGCUGCUACGACUUCCAGUUCCGGAAGUCCGAAUGAGAGAAGAAACAUUGGAUUGAAGACUAUUGCGAGUUUAGCAUUGGUGGCCAGUCUAAGUGUUUUGUGGUUGUGA